CAGCUGCUCCCAGUCCUGGCCAGAGGAGGAGGAGGAGAAGCAGCAGCAGCAGCAGCAGCAGCAGUAGCAGCCCGAGCCGCAGCGGAGCGGGGAGAAGGACGCGAGCUUGGGGCGCAGGCGGCGCAAGCCGGACCACGAAGGACAGCGGGGUCACCGGCGCCUGGGGCAGCUCUCCGGGUCCUCAGCCCCGCGCCAGCCAGGGAAGCUACGAGGCCACCCUUGCCUACACCUGGGCGCGCGCGCAGCCGGGAGACCGGGAGGGACAGAUUGCCAGACGGCGGGCCGGGAAAGUUUGCUGCGCCUGUAAGUUGGUAGCGGCGCCGCCGGAUCCAGCCCGGCUUUUCCCUCCUCGCCGCACCGCAUUGUUUGCAAACUUUGUUUUCGCCUGCCAGUUGGCCUGCUUGUUCCCCCUUCCUUUUCUACUCUUCCCCCUCCCCCCUCCCUCUCCGGCCAACUCUGAGUACUCUUCGGGAGGACACAGCAGAGGCAACUCGGAGCUCAGCUCCGCGCCCGGGGCUCUGCUCGGCGCGGCGCGGCGCGGAGCGGCGGGCGAACAGCUCGCUUGCCCUGCCCCGGGCGGGCAUGGGCUGCGGCCGGGGCUGGGGUAGGAGCCGAGGGGUGCAGCGGGCAUCUGCUGCAGCCCGGCUCCGGGAGUUCAGGCUCUGAUGCGGCGCGGCAGGCGGAGUGUCUGAGCCGACCCGGACGGGGCUCCGCGCACCGCAGUGUCGACUUCUUGGACCGGCGGGUGCCACUGCCGUCGCCGCCUUCGCCACUGUUACCCUCCCUGCCCCCCGCCCGGGACCCGACGCCGCCAUGAGCCUCCUGGGUUCCCGCCUCUGGGUUGUGCUGCAGGUGGUGGGGGCGUGCACGGCCAUCAGCUCCAUGGACAUCGACCGGCCGGGAGAGGGCAAGUGCCAGCCCAUCGAGAUCCCCAUGUGCAAAGACAUCGGCUACAACAUGACCCGCAUGCCCAACCUCAUGGGCCACGAGAACCAGCGGGAGGCGGCCAUCCAGCUACACGAGUUCGCCCCGUUGGUGGAGUACGGCUGCCACGGCCACCUCCGCUUCUUCCUGUGCUCCCUCUAUGCGCCCAUGUGCACCGAGCAAGUCUCCACCCCCAUCCCCGCCUGCCGGGUCAUGUGCGAGCAGGCCCGGCUCAAGUGCUCCCCCAUUAUGGAGCAGUUCAACUUCAAGUGGCCCGACUCGUUGGACUGCAGCAAGCUACCCAAUAAGAACGAUCCCAAUUAUCUGUGCAUGGAGGCCCCCAACAACGGCUCCGAUGAGCCGGCCCGGGGCUCCAGCAUGUUCCCGCCGCUCUUUCGGCCCCAGCGGCCCCCCAGUCCCCCGGAGCAGCAGCACCCAAAGGACGGCCUGGGCCGCUCGGGCUGCAGCAAUCCGGGCAAGUUCCACCACGUGGAGAAGAGCUCGUCCUGCGCGCCUCUCUGCACGCCCGGAGUGGACGUGUACUGGAGCCGGGCGGACAAGCAGUUCGCCGUGGUGUGGUUAGCCAUCUGGUCGGUGCUCUGCUUUUUCUCCAGCGCCUUCACGGUGCUCACCUUCUUCAUCGACCCUCCUCGCUUCAGGUACCCCGAGCGCCCCAUCAUCUUCCUCUCUAUGUGCUACUGCGUCUACUCCGUGGGCUACCUCAUCCGCCUCUUUGCCGGGGCGGAGAGCAUCGCCUGCGACAGGGACAGCGGCCAGCUUUACGUCAUCCAGGAAGGGUUGGAGAGUACCGGCUGCACCAUCGUGUUCUUGGUCCUCUAUUACUUUGGCAUGGCCAGCUCACUCUGGUGGGUCAUCCUCACUCUUACCUGGUUCCUGGCCGCGGGGAAGAAGUGGGGCCACGAGGCCAUCGAGGCGAACAGCAGCUACUUCCACCUUGCAGCCUGGGCUAUCCCUGCGGUCAAGACCAUCAUGAUCCUGGUGAUGAGGAGGGUGGCCGGAGACGAGCUGACGGGCGUGUGCUACGUGGGCAGCAUGGACGUGAACGCCCUCACCGGCUUUGUCCUGGUCCCCUUGGCCUGUUACCUCAUCAUCGGCACCUCCUUCAUCCUCUCGGGCUUCGUGGCCCUUUUCCACAUCCGAAGGGUGAUGAAGACGGGGGGUGAGAACACAGACAAACUGGAGAAACUCAUGGUCCGCAUCGGGGUUUUCUCCGUGCUGUACACGGUCCCGGCCACCUGCGUGAUCGCCUGCUAUUUCUAUGAGCGCCUCAACAUGGAUUACUGGAAGGUGCUGGCAGCCCAGCACAAAUGCAGGGUCAACAAUCAAACUAAAGCCCCGGACUGCUUGAUGAGCAGCUCGAUUCCUGCCGUGGAGAUCUUCAUGGUCAAAAUGUUCAUGCUGCUGGUGGUGGGCAUCACCAGCGGAGUGUGGAUCUGGACUUCCAAGACGCUGCAGUCUUGGCAAAACGUGUGCAGCCGGAGCCUGAAGAAAAGGAGCCGGAGGAAACCUACCACCGUCAUCACAGCCGGUGGAAUCUACAAAAAAGCCCAGCACCCCCAGAAAGGUCAUCACGGGAAGUACGAAGCAGCCACACAAUCGCCCACCUGCGUGUGAAGUGUGCGUGUGGGAGGGGUCGGGACUGCGGGGACUAAGCAGCUAAAAAAGGCUGUUUCCCACUGAAAGACUUGUACAGGACUCCAAGAGAAGGGCAAGGGAACUAAGCCCCGGGUGCUUUUCUCAGACAGGAUGGGGGGGAGGGGAGGGGAGGAUUUUUAAGUUGGAGAAAAAAAAAAAAUUACUGCCCUGAAAUUCAGGAUCUUCCCAUUCGCUUCAAGUUAAAUGUACCUAAGAGUUUGACACGAAACAAAUAUUGUCAGUUAAAUGACCUCUUCGGUUAAUUUGAAGUAGCUUGUGGGGAGGAAUAUAUAUGUUAUAUAUGCAUAUUAUAUAGGUGUAUCCAUAUAUACAUGUGUAUAUAUGUGUAUAUAAAUAUUUUAUAUACAUAUAAUAUAUAUAUAUGGAUAAUACACAUCUGGAUCAAAUCUGAGUGUUUUCCCUAUAGAAAAGGAAGAGAAAACUUUUGUGGAUAGUCCCUCCCUAUGCUUCCCCAACACCCCAAAUUUCUUUUCUCCGAAAGCCAAAAGUCACUCUUCCUGAAGCCCUCCUUCAGGUCAUGACCCUCACCAUGUGAGAAAGCAACUUCUGUAGUCACCUAAGCAAAGAAAUCUCCUUUUAACAACACAUCACAGACAAGGGGGGAGGGAGGAGAGAGAAUAAAAACUAAAAAUUAUAGAGUCCACAGCCUCCGCAAAACUUUUUAGCUAAAAUCGAAACUUCCUCCGCCCCCCAAACCCCAAAACAAAAUCGCCAACUUCUGGGCAGCCUACACACGCAAACUAUGUGCAAUACAUUUUUUUUUCUCCCACCAUGAAAUAAGAAAAAAGAAACAAGUAUUUUGCUGUACAUAAAGACCACAAAAGAAACCUCUUAACAAAAGAACUGAGAGGUCUGGCCCUCCGAAACCCUUUAGUGUUACAUUUUGUGGCUUUUUAAUGGAAAUCAAGCCAAUGUUAUACAAGUUUGGACUGAUUUGUGGAAAAAAAGAGAGAGAAGAGAGAGGGAUCAUUCAAAGGUACCAAGGGCUUAUUGACUCUUUCCAUUGUUAAACAAAUUCUUGCCAUGAAUAGAUACAGGAGCACUUGUGGUGCAAAGGGAAAAUUUUGUAUAUUGUGAUGCUCUUCGCUGUGCUGGAAAAGCUCAGUUUCUUAGUUGUAUAUAAUUGUAACAUAUGAUUAUUUUUCAUGCUCCACUAUUUUAUUAAAAAAAUAAAUAAAACAUGUUCUUUAGUUUGCUGAUA